GGUCAGUGUUUGUGACAGCUACCGAACAGUUUUAUCGAAACGUCACACCACAGUGAGAUCAAAACAAAACAUUCUUUGUGUUUCUCUUACCAGCAAACAAAUCUAAAACAGUGUACUUUUUAACUUUAGCUUAGCUGUGGUACGCUUCGAGUCACGAUGUCCGAUGAGUAUCAGCAUGUAAGCAAAGGCAAACUGAAGCUGAAGAACGAUUCCGACGCGAAGAAAAAGCACAAGAAAAAGAAUAAGAAGAAGGAGAAGGAAAAGUUGAUUCGCGCCGUGCUGGAAGAGCCGGGCAAAGGGGAUGACCGCAAGCAGCAACAACAAGGGCAGCCUGGCACAUCGGAACCAGGACGACGCACGCUAACGAAAGCGGAAGAAUCGUUUAAAAAGAUGCAGGAGAAAAUGCAAAACAAACGGAUCGUGGAGAAGGCACAGAUGACACACAAGCAGCGGGUGGAACUCUUCAACAUGCAUCUCGACAGCUUGACGGAACACUUCGACAUACCCAAAGUAUCGUGGACCAAAUAGUUUGCCCGUUGGAAUAGCGUUUUUUGGGAACGGGUGUUUUAUUUUGUUUCGUAUCAGUAUAAUAAGGCAAAAAAGUAAACAGUUUCGAUCGAUGAAGUUGGUUACCAACUGUAUUGCUUUAUUUUCGGAGCCAUGCGUUCAGGGUUGACGUACACUUUGAUGGGGCUGCGUGAGCAAAACAGAGAGAAUACAUAGGGUAACAAUUACACAGUUACAGUUACGCAGUCCCGCAUGUCUUUUAAGGUAACAAUAGUAGUAAUGAUUAGAAAAUGCUGCUAAAUUAGUCCAUUCGUCUCUUUGGCAAAUAAGUUGUGUAUUCAAUUUUUCCCCAUUUAAUUAUAUACAUUCAGUACAGCAGACAAUGUUGUAUAUUCCUCCGGAUAGCAAUAGAAAACAAGGAAAAACUUAUGCUUUUUUGAGACCUAAAAAUAGUUCGUUUGCCUAUUCAUUUUUCGACCGUAAUACUCAGAGACUAGAGCGACAGGAAAUCAGAAAGCACUAACUGAAAAAGGGAAGUAAAUGUUCCGCUUAAUAUAACUAUCUGUCUUCAUGAG